AUUGCCGCAUCUUGAACGAUCAGUAGAAUCAUGCAGCAAUUCUCUUCUUCCUCUCUCCUCUGAUCCUUCACGCACGUACGUCAUGAGGGUCAAGUUACGUCUCCUCCUCGUGCUCGUCCUCCUCCUCCUCCUCCUCUACGUACUGAUCUCAUGGACCUCGAUUUCCCCUGUUCCUGCAAUCACAUCGCUGACCUCGCUGUCAGAUUCGUGCACCAAGAUCCCACCCUCUCUAGCGACCGCUAUCGUGCACUACGCCACCUCCAACACCACCCCGCAGCAGACCCUCGAGGAGAUCUCCGUCACCGCCAGAGUGCUACGGGAGAAGUCGCCGUGCAAUUUCCUGGUCUUCGGCCUCGGCCACGACAGCCCCAUGUGGAGCGCGCUCAACCACGGCGGCCGCACCGUCUUCCUCGAGGAGGACGGCUCGUGGAUCCGGACCGUCCGCGGGCGGUUCCCGGCGCUGGAGGCGUACCACAUGACGUACCGCACCAAGGUGAGCCAAGCGGAGGGUCUCUUGGCAUCGGGGCUGAAUUCGACGGACUGCGCGGUCUGGAACGCCAAGUGCCCGCUGGCACUGACGGAGCUGCCGGCCGUGUUCUACGAGGUGGAGUGGGACUUGAUCAUGGUGGACGCGCCGACCGGUUACCAAGCGGACGCUCCGGGGCGGAUGGGGGCGAUAUACACGGCAGGGAUGGCGGCGAGGGGGAGGAGUGCGGGGGAGACCGACGUGUUCGUGCACGAUGUGGAUAGGGUUCUGGAGGACAAGUUCUCCACGGCCUUCCUCUGUGAAGGAUACCUGCGGGAGCAGGUGGGGAGGCUGAGGCACUUCACCAUUCCCAGCGGUCGGACUACUCCGGCCGUCGCAUUCUGUCCCUGAGAAGCUUUCGAGUCCGAUCUCAUCUGUACGACCUAUCUUAUCACAUAAAAUAAUAUUUUUUUCUCUAUUUUAUGAUCAAAUUUGUUGUAGAAUUUAGAUUUUUUGUAUGAGAAUUAUGUCAAUCUUGGAUUUCUGCGUUGUUAAACGAAUC